UUGUUCUCUUUUCCGCUUUCCCAUUCCUCUCUACUCUCGUCCAUCCCUCAAUUCAUUUAAUCAAGGAACAUAUCAUUCUUUGAAGUUUGAAUAUCAUGGAUUUCUUGCGUUUCUUCGUGGGAAUAUUCGGGAAUGCCUCUGCUCUGUUCCUCUUCUUGGCUCCUGUGAUGUUAUUCAAAAGAAUCAUACAGAACAGAUCCACGGAGGAAUUCUCUGGCGUUAUUUACAUCUUGACACUCCUCAGCCGUCUCCUCCCUGCCUGGUAUGGCUUGCCAUUUGUGUCACCUUGGAACGUACUAUUAUCAACAGUGAAUGGAACAGGAGCGGUGAUUGAAACCAUGUACGUGUUAACGUUCAUCGUGUUGGCACCGAAGAAGGAGAAGCUCAAAAUUGUCGGACUCUUCGCGUUCGUGCUUGCGGUGUUCUCUGCAGUGGUCGUCAUCUCACUCUUCGCGUUUCACGGCAAGCCCAGGAUGCUCUUCUGCGGUUUCACCGCCGCCGUAUUCUCCAUAUUUAUGUACGGAUCACCCCUUUCCAUCAUUAGAAUGGUGAUAAAAACAAAGAGCGUGGAGCACAUGCCCUUCUUGGUGUCGUUGCUUGUGUUCCUGUGUGGCACUUCCUGGUUCAUCUUUGGCCUUCUUGGCAGGGACCCUUUCGUCGCCGUGCCUAAUGGUAUGGGUUCUGCUUUAGGAGCGAUACAACUGCUACUCUACUUCAUAUAUCGUGACAGCAAGUCAGCUUGUGAGAGACCCACGACGCAAGAGGAGUCUGUGGAGAUGGCUGCCAGAAAACCGCACGAACUCGAUGCGAAUAAUGCCGCGUAGGAGAUUCAUCGCCAUAUUUAUGAUAUUGUUAAUUAUUUUUGCUGAAUUUCGAUGUUUAGUGUGCAGGUUAAUUUCCAACUGUAAGAUCUCUACUAUUAAUUAAUUGACUGUCAAAGUUCGCAAGUUAAAUACGGAACAGUAAGGAGAAAAAACGUGCCGUGUUCUCGUCUGUACUUCUAAUUAUGUGCCUAGUCUUGGAGCCAUGUCUAUUAGUUUGCCUGUUGGGCGAAUUAAUUACGGUUCUGCAUGUAAUUAGUUUGCGGCAAUUUUAAUUCGAGUUUAUCUGAUCCAUUUUUGGUCCUACUCAAACCAGUAAAGUUGUUUUCUUGAUAUCAAGUUAUCAACCUCGUUUUUCUGACAGAUACACGGCGGUACUCAGUAUAGGGUGGGUUCGAUCCAGAUCUUCUCCUCUUUAUGCCCUCUCUUAAUACAUAUUUUAAUAUUUAAUCAUAUCUAUCCGUUUAAUUUAAUGGUAUCACAUGGUUAAUCAUGGCAUUAAAAUGAGGGAGAAUAACAAAAAGAUCCUUUUAAAAUAUGCAAAUCACACUUAGGUGCCGCAGAGUGAAUAAACAUCAGUCAGUUGUCGUCAUUAUCACUGCGGGGCUUGAACCAGUAAAGCUUUGAUUUCUCACAAGAAGAGGAUUAAAUAAGGCUCUGUGCGGAAACAUAAGGUUCAUUGAGAUUAAAUAAAAUUUUGUAUAUUCACACAAACUUAAACUUAAAAUUUCAUAUUUAAACUGUCAUAAUUUCUUUUAUUAGAACCAGUACUUGUUAAUAAUUUGAAAAUGUUCUACUUUUAAUAUUGUUUAGAUAAUUUGUAGAAAAUCUAUGUGUCUUAUUUUUAUUCAUUUGAAAAGAUAUUCUUCGUUGGUACUUAAAGCACGUAUCACGUGAUCAUGUUUUACGCUUAGUUUUCAACUAUAAUACACCAGUGAUAAAUAAAAUGGGGAGGAUUAAAAAUAGGACCACACCAAAGGACUCGUGACGUGACGUUAUUUCAAAUGAAGCCUAAUGAAUUAAUAUAUGAGCUUUCAGGCCAUAUAAGAUUAAACAAAAACAUGGAUCAUGGAAGUAAGGGGAUCAUCCACAAUACAAGGCAUAGCAAGCAGC